GACCGCACUGCUAGUGCGUCCCGAAGCGGAGCCGGUAUUCUGCCACCCGCGGCCGUUGCCGUACGCGCUGCGUCCGCGUGUCUACGCUGAGCUGGAUGAGAUGCUACGCGCCGGCGUCAUCGAGCCCAUCGACUGCUCCGACUGUGCUACUCCACCAGACAUAGCUGCGAAAGCGAAUGGAGCAAAGCAGUGAAACAGUACAGGGAGCAUCAUGAAGACCGCAGUAACGGCGCUGCAAGAGAUGAUGGUCAAGCUGAAAGAAAUACCCGAGUAUGAAUGUAUCUCGCAGUCGGGGCCGCAGCACUUGGCGACUUUCGAGUAUCGCUGCUCCGUCCGCGGCUGCGUGGUCAAGGCCUCUGCGCGCUCCAAGAAGGAGGCCAAGCAGGAGGUCGCGAGGGUCAUGCUUCUCGCACUCAAAGCGCGCGGUGAGGACGUGCCGCCGCCUUUCGACCGCCCGCCGCUUCAGCCACCCCCCGGCGCGGCCGAGCCGGCGCCCGCGCCUACGUCGGGUCCGGGACCGCGCAGCUACGUGGCGCUGCUGAAAGAGCUGUGCGAGGAGUACCAUCUGCCGGGCGUGGAAUACGAGCUCGUGAGCGACACUGGCCCGCCCCACAUGCGCCAGUUCGCCGUGCGCGCGCGCCUCGGCCAGCACAGCCGCCUCGCCGCCUCCACCACCAAGAAGGCCGCCCGGCAGCUGGCCGCGCAACAGCUCUACUCUUAUUUGCGCGACAACCUCUCGCGGCUCACGACCGAUUUCGUCGAGGUAAACAGAUAAUGAUCAAUUUAUUCGCAUUCUGGAUUCUGCAAGUCCGACUUACAUAGUUAACAUUCACGUUUUGGUUUAUACAAUUAGAUCCUCACGCCCAGUUUAUUACACCUAGCAUUCAAUUUCUUUUUUAACCGACCUUAAAAAAGAGGAGGUUCUCAAUUCUUCUGUUUUUUUUUUUGUAAAACCUUGUUAGUCGUUUACUAUGACAUAAUUUCUAAACUUCCCUCUUUGUAAAAAGACGCAUCCGUUUAAGGCGCGGAAGAAAAAAAACAAUGGAGGAGCCUUAAGCCUCGAUUACAUCGGAAUCGC